AAAUAUUGGCAUUCUUUUAACAAUAACAAAAUGAAAGGAAUCCUGAAGACUUGGAAGCCUGAAAGUCGCUUUUAUCUUCCUGUGUCACAGAGGAAAACAACUACAAAUUAGCUGCUCUUCUGACAAAAUAUCUGUGCUUCUUGUGCAUCCUCUCACGGCUGCCAACAUGAGCUACUGUGGUAAAUUUCUCUCUCCUACAAAAUGCACUAAGAGAAGUCUUUUUCUGGCUUUCACCAUCUCUUUUACAGCAGUAUAUUUGAUUUCCUAUCUUUAUACUUCUCAUCACCUUCCUGCUCAACUUAAAAGUGAUGAUCUUCACAAGAAAAAUGAAAAGAGUUUACUUAAAAAAGUCCUGACAAAUUUCAAACAAAUCUCAGGGAAAGAAAAUGGGGAACUACCACCCGAAAAUGAGAUACCUGUGAAUAAAGCCACACCCACUCCUAGGCAGUCAUUUACAUUCCUCAUUAAUGAAGAAGACAAGUGUAAAGAUAAAACACCUUUCUUGGUGCUGCUGAUAGCAACGACGGCAUGGGAGCUGCAGCGCCGCAGGGCCAUCCGGCAGAGCUGGGGCAGCGAGGCUGCGGUGCCGGGCGCUCACGUUGUGCGCCUCUUCAUGCUGGGCAUCGACGCCAAGGCGGCCAACAACGACGUCCUGCAGAGAGAAAGCGAGCAGUAUCACGACAUCAUCCAACAGGACUUCCUGGACACUUACAACAACCUAACUCUUAAAACUCUGAUGGGCAUGAGGUGGGUGGCCUCUUACUGCAGCGGCACGAGGUUUGCCAUGAAGACGGACACUGAUGUUUUUGUCAACACGAUGCACCUGAUUGAAAAGCUCCUCAGGCCUCUCCCACCUUCCACACAGAAUUAUUUCACGGGCCAUUUAAUGAAAGGGCACACCCCUAUUCGGAAUAAAGCCAGUAAAUGGUACAUAUCAGAAGAAGAAUUCCCAGGUAACAGAUACCACCCUUUCUGUUCAGGAACUGGCUACGUCUUUUCUGGAGACCUGGCUGCAAAAAUUGUCAAUGCCUCUUUAAUGAUCAAGCAUAUACAUUUGGAAGAUGUUUACGUAGGGUUUUGUCUCAAUGCAAAGGGAGUAGAAAUAGUACCAGUUUCUUAUUCACUGUUCAACUUACACAAGGUCCCAUUUUCUCCUUGUACGUACAAUAAAAUAAUUACAUCUCAUUACAUCGAGCCACACGAACACAUACACUACUGGGAAAUGCUGCAGAAGAAGAAACACACGUGUUAGAAGAGAAGGGUCCGUCCUGGGGCAUCCCAGGAACUUUCUUUGACAAUGGCCAAAGCAGCAGAUGUUUUCUUAGUAGGAACAGAACAUCUGUGUAAUGAUAACUUUCUAGGUCCAUGGACAUCCUGAAUCAGGUGCCUAGGUAUUGUAUUAGGUUGAGUUCAAAGGAUUUUUCCUCCAUAAAGAAGCCUUUCUCUGUUGAGUGAAUACUGAUUGGUACCUUAUUUAGUUUUGGAUGAAGCAUCAAUUAAUUUUUAAAGCAUUUUAAAAUACAGCAAGAGACCAUAUCAACCCUACUGAAGAAAAAGCAAAGACAAUGCAGUGAAACUUGUUCUUUCAUUAAAAACUGAGAAAUUAAUGUGGUAAUUUUAUACUGUUCAGAUGUAAUUUGCCUAUGUACCAUUAAAUGUACUCAUUCCAGUGUGACUGAAGAAGAAAGCAUAUGUGAUAUCCUGUGCUGGGGAAUUAGUGCCAGAAAUGUGGGCAAAAACUGCUUCCUCAGAAAAUCUAACAUUAGCAUUUCCCAGAUCUCAGUUAGUGCCCACAGUGGCUACUACUCUCUGUGGUCACAUAUACAAAGAAUACCUCACACACAAAAUACCACUUAUUUGUUAUCAUGGAGAUGUAAUAAAAAGAGGAAAAUUAAAUCCUGAUAGACUGUCCUGUUAGUGAGAUAUUAAAUUACUUUUUAAGGCACUCAGCUGUGUACAAAAUAGUUAAGUGAAAAACAAGAUGAUGCUUACUAACCUCAGAAGAUGAACGUUUCAGUCC